CGGAACUGACCUUCGUUGUCUGCUGCUCCCUAUCGGAGUGUUUAGAAGGGAACACCAAACACAACUCCGACUGCAAAGUCUGAAGACCGCGAGGAAGAUGAGCACCAGACAGGUGACAUGUAGAUAUUUUAUCCAUGGUGUAUGCAGAGAGGGCAGCAGGUGUCUGUUUUCUCAUGACUUAACCAACAGUAAACCCUCCACCAUCUGCAAGUUCUACCAGAGAGGAGUUUGUGCCUAUGGGGAGCGCUGCAGGUAUGAUCACAUCAAACCUUCAUCCAGAGGGGGGAGUACUUCAGAGGAGACCCCCAGUGGAAGCAGAGCUGGCCGAGGAGAAGGGAGGAGGGCGCUUGUCUUGAGGGACAGAGCUCUGGGUCCUGAUGGUGCGUUUGGAGGCUCAGCAGACGGUCUAGAUUUCUUGGCAGCAGCGGCAGCUCCACAGUCUUACGUGGAUGCUAUCAGAACUGGGCUUGACACCUCCACACAGGAUCAAGCGUCUCAGCCGACAAUGGCUAAUGCUUUGCGAGAGUUCGCCCCUCUGUGCCCAUAUGCCGCAAAUGGACAUUGCUUUUAUGAAGAUACUUGUACAUAUCUCCAUGGCGACCAGUGUGAUGUGUGUGGACUGCAGGCGCUACAUCCCUAUGACCCUGAGCAGAGGAGAGCACACGAGAAGACAUGUCUCCUUGCAUUUGAGGCUGACAUGGAAAAAGCCUUUGCAGCUCAGCUUAGCCAGGACAAGGUGUGCUCGAUCUGCAUGGAGGUGGUGGUACAGAAGGCGAAUCCGUCAGACCGGAGGUUCGGCAUCUUGUCCUCCUGCUGUCACGUCUUCUGCCUGGGUUGCAUCCGACAGUGGCGCUGCACCAGAAGCUUCUGUAACAAGAUCAUAAAAUCUUGUCCAGAAUGUCGGGUGGUCUCAGAGUUUGUAAUUCCUUCGGUGUACUGGGUGGAAGACCAAGACGAGAAGGAUCACCUAAUAGAGCUCUUCAAGUCCGGUGUCAGCAAAAAGGCCUGUAAGUACUUUGAUCAGGGCCGCGGCUCGUGUCCCUUUGGGGGAAAGUGCUUGUAUCUUCACGCCUUCCCAGACGGAACCCGAGCAGAACCGGAUCGGCCUCGGAAACAGCUGAGCUCUGAAGGGAACAUCCGGUUCAUGAAUAACGUCCGCCUUUGGGAUUUCAUCGAAGAGCGCGAACAGCAUUCAGGCCCACCUUUGCCCCCCAUGGAUGAUGACAUCGCUGAGCUGCAAGAGCUUUUCAUGCAGAUGUCAGGGCCAGGCCAGGAGGGACCAGACCCUCCAGCCCCGUCACACCAGUAAAGGCUGCCUUUCCUUGUCACCAUGGAAACCUGUGGCACAUCAGGACUAAUGCUUUAAAAAAUUAGGCUGUGUGAGCUUGUUUAUGACAUAAAAUGUUUUAUGUAUUGUACUUACAAGUUAACACAGAAUCAUUGUGCCGUGGGACUUUGGUGUGAAAUUUAUACAUUUAUUCCCAUGCCUGAGUGAAAGCUGUACCUGCAACAAGUGCAGUGAGCACAACCAUGCUGUAGCCACCUGUUUAUGAAUUUAUCCUUCAGACUGCAUUGAUGUUCACUUGAGUAGCUCCUUACUGCCCCUUGUGGCUCUAGAAGAAACAUUAGCAGCUGUUCCACCAUCUGGCCACAUAGGAUAGUGAUGAAUCUGAAUGUGAAUAUCUGAAAAGAUUGAGAUAUACCUGAACAACAAUACAUUAUCAUAAACUGGCUUUCUAUUGGCACCAGCCAUUUGCUGGGUCAAGGCAAAAACCACUCCAUACCUGUUUGGUCAACAGGAGCUGUAAACUGGAACCAGAAGGUAGUUUAUGUUUGGUAGGAGAGGGGCACCUUUUUUCAUGCACAAUUUUAGUUGAAAAUUAGAUUAUUUUAGCUUCACAAACCUCCAGCAUAUCCUGAAGUCUUUAAACUAUAUUUUGAUAUUUGAUCUGAUGAGAAGAACCAGAACCAUGUGGGCAGGUUUUCAUGUCAGAAAUAUUAACUUCUGGACAGAGAUUUGGAAUGAUUCUAGAAUGUGGUGGGACAUCUCAAAUUCAGGGUCAGAUUCCCAGUUUCUUCAUUGCAUUGUUACCGUUGCAGUUAGCAUCUUUUCUCCUCCCUUUGUCAGAUUCGAUUUGUUUUUCUCUGAUUGCACCAGACAAACGCAUCAUGCUCCCUGACAUGAGAUCUACUGUUUAUUGUCAAUUAUGUUUUAGGACAUGAAGCUAAAGAACCUUUUAGAGGAUAAUAAAAGAAAAAAAUCAUCAGUUAUAGAACAUUUUAAGAACCAUGUUGAUUUAUUUGUGGUUCACCAUCUGUACUUUCAAGCUUAUUUACCCACAAUUUAAUGGUGUAUUUUUAAAUAUAGCUCCUGUUUGAACAACCUGACUGCCGAAACUGUAAAAAGAAAUGGAAUGUACCUUUUCACCGUCACUGUUCAUCUUCCUUGUGCUCAUUCUGCAAAGUCUGCAGCAAUAAAAGUUUUUCAGAGUCCUUAAAAUGGACUUAGGAGGAAAAAAAAGGGAAUUUAAAAUGUGGGACAUGUACUAUUCAGGUUCUCCUAAACAUGGGGAUAAAACAAAUCUGUAAAUGCAGGUCAGCUAUAGAGUUACACCCCAGUCUGGAGAAUUUUAAAUGUAUGUAACAUGAUGGAAAGAAAAACAAAUUAAAUGCCUCAACGGUUCAAAAACUCUCACAAUAAUCCCAGGAAUAAAAAUUAUUAGUAAUAAAUAUACCAAAAAAAGAAAAAAGAACGAACUAUUUAGCCUAUAUAAACUGUAUAGAAAAACCAGUUCUCUGUUCUUUUGCUGCUUGCUGGGGGUGUGUUCCAACAUUUGCACGUUGCCUUCGCAGAUCUUUACCCAAUCAGGUGCUCCAGACAAUUAAGGAAAAAUCGACCAAGAGAAAUAGACAGACAGCCUCCCACUCCUACAGAAAAUAAUAAAUAAACGGAGACAGAAAAUGCCAUCAAGAAAAAAGAAUGGACUCAUAUAUAGUCAUUGACUGGUUUGUUUGACAACCCUCCAUUUAUUGUUUCAUGAUUGACCUCAAUCAAAUAAAACCUUCAUGCCAACCUG